AUGGGGAAGAAAAAGGGCAAUCGCCGUGAUGACGAUGAUCCCUUUGCGGAUCUUGGCGAAGAUGUCUCGCAGAACAAUGUGAACGAGGCACCCGAAGAUGUGGAUGCCGAGAAACAGGCUGCGGAGGCAGAAGCAGCCGCCAAUAAAGCCGAGGCUGAGCAAGCCAAGGUGGAGAAGGAAGCGGCCGAGGCAGUCCCGGAGCCGCCUCGUCUCCUGACGAAGAAGGAGAAAGAGCGUCUUAAGAAAGAGCGUGAGAAGGAAAAGAAAAAGGCGCAGGCCGCGCAGAAGAAGGCCGCGCAGCAGCAGAACCAGCCAGCUUCGACAGAGAAGGACAACCAAGGCGCCAAGCCAGCCGAGCCGGAGCCGGACGCCGAGCCUAAGACAGACGCGGCGCAGGCUGGUGGAGACAAUGACGAUGACGACGACGAUGGCCAAGAAGCCACCAGCUCCGCUGCCGACAAGAAGAAGAAGAAGAAGAAGAAGAAGGCUGCGGCGGAGCCGGCUGCGGCCCCUCGUAAGGCCCCCAGUGCGGCGAUUGCUGCCUUGCAGGCCCGUAUUGCGGCACAGAAGAAGGCCGAAGAGGAGGCUCGUGCGGCUGAGGAGGAAGAACGUCGGCGCAUUGAAGAGGAAGAGCGCAAAGAGCGCGAAGAGGAAGAGCGCAAAGAAGCAGAACGCCUGCGUCGCAAGGAAAAGGAGAAGGCCAAGCGCGAGCAGCUGCGUAAGGAAGGUAAGCUUCUUACUGCCAAGCAAAAGGCUGAGUUGAAGCUGGCCGAGCAGCGCAAGGCUGCACUCCUGGCGAGUGGUAACAUCACUGUGGCAGCAAUGCAGAAUGAAAAGCCAGCAGCGGAGAAGCCACGUCGUGUCGUGUACGACUCGAAGAAGAAGAAGAAGCAGACGCCGAAGAGCGAGCCGGAGGCGCCCAAGGAAGAGUCUGUCGAGGCGCCCAAAGAGGAGCCCAAGGAAGAGCCCAAGGCGGCGCCUGUAGAAGAACCCAAGGACGCGCCAAAGGACGAUUGGGAGGCUGAGUCGGACGAGGAUGUGAAGGACGACUGGGAAGCCGAGUCGGAAGAGGACGUGAAGGACGAUUGGGAGGCGGAAUCGGACGACGAGAAGCCGGCAGCCAAGGCAGAGAAGGCGCCGGCGACUAAGCCUGAAGCGAAGACGGCCAAGCCCGUCGAAGAGGAGUCGGACGACUCGGACGAAGACGAAGACGACGAUUCGGACGAAGACGAGCAGCUUACUUCGACGCAGCGCAUGGCGUUGGAGCGUCGUCAGGCCGCAGAGCAGCGCCGCAAGGAGCGUACGGAAAAGGCAAUGAAGGAGCGUAGCGAAGACAACUUGCGCAGCCCGAUUUGCUGUAUUCUGGGUCACGUCGAUACUGGUAAGACCAAGCUGCUGGACAAGGUCCGUCAGACGAGUGUGCAGGAAGGCGAAGCGGGUGGUAUUACGCAGCAGAUUGGUGCUACCUACUUCCCUUUGGAAGCGCUGCGUGAAAAGACCAUGGUCCUCAAUCAUGGCGACUUUGACUUUAAGAUCCCUGGUCUGUUGAUUAUCGAUACGCCAGGUCACGAGUCGUUCACGAAUCUCCGUUCGCGUGGUAGCUCGCUGUGUAACAUUGCGAUUCUCGUGGUGGAUAUCAUGCACGGUCUCGAGGCGCAGACGCUGGAGAGUAUUCGCCUCUUGCGUGACCGCAAGACGCCAUUCAUUGUGGCACUGAACAAGAUUGACCGUCUGUACGACUGGAAAGCGACGCCGAACAAUGCCUUCCGUGACUCGCUUGCGCAGCAGAGCCGCGGUACACAGAACGAGUUCGAGGAGCGUGUGGCGAAGACCAAGCUGUUGUUUGCCGAGCAGGGUCUCAAUGCCGAGCUGUACUACGACAACAAAAACAUGGGCCGCUACGUCUCGUUGGUGCCGACGUCGGCUAUUACCGGUGAAGGUGUGCCAGACCUGCUGCAGCUCCUGGUCACACUUACGCAGACACGUAUGAGCCAGAACCUGAUGUAUCUCUCGGAACUAGAGUGUACGGUGCUGGAAGUCAAGGUCAUCGAGGGUCUCGGUACGACGAUCGAUGUGGUAUUAUCCAACGGUGUCUUGCAUGAAGGCGAUAAGAUUGUUGUAUGUGGUCUCAAUGGCCCUAUUGUCACACAAAUCCGUGCGCUACUUACGCCGCAGCCACUGAAGGAGCUGCGUGUGCGUGGUGCGUACGUGCACCACAAAGAAGUGAAGGCCGCGUUGGGUGUCAAGAUUGCUGCGCCGGAUCUCGACAAAGCUGUGGCCGGUUCACGCUUGUUGGUGUGCACAGACGACGACGACGAGGAGAACCUGCGUGAGGAGGUGAUGAGUGACCUUACAUCCCUGCUCAACUCGGUCGACAAGUCCGGCAAGGGUGUGUGUGUGCAGGCCUCGACGCUGGGCUCGCUGGAGGCGCUGCUGGAGUUCUUGCGUGUGAGCAAGAUUCCUGUGAGUGGCAUCAACAUUGGCCCUGUAUAUAAGCGUGAUGUGAUGCGCUGUGCGACGAUGCUGGAGAAGGCGAAGGAACUGGCAUGCAUUCUUUGUUUCGAUGUGCCUGUCGACAAGGAGGCCGAAAAGUUGGCCGAGGAGCUUGGUGUGAAGCUGUUCACGGCCGACAUUAUCUACCACCUGUUUGACAGCUUUAUGGCGUACAGCUCCGAGAUCACAGAGAACAAGAAGAAGGACGCGGCCAGCACUGCCGUGUGGCCAUGCCGUCUGCGCACGAUUGCUGCCUUUGCGAAGCGUGACCCGAUUAUUCUUGGAUGUGAUAUUAUUGAUGGCUCCCUGCGUGUGGGCACGCCGCUGUGUGUUGUCAAAGCUGAUCCACAGACACGCAAGAAGGAAAUUAUUAGUAUCGGCCGCGUGACGUCGCUGGAGAUCAACCACAAACCACGCGAUGUCGUGCAGAAGAAGGAUGUCGGUGGUGGUGUCGCUGUGCGUAUUGAGCCAGACCUCAACGACACGCCGAAGAUGUUCGGCCGUCACCUCGACGAGAAAGAUGAGAUUUACUCCAUGAUCAGCCGUGCGUCCAUUGAUGCGCUCAAGGAACACUUCUGGGAUGGCGUCUCGAUUGAGGAGAAGCGUCUGAUCAAGAAUCUCAAGACGCUCUUGGACAUUCCAUAG